AUGCAAAAGUACCCAAAUUUCCAUCAUCAUUCCAAGUGUAAAAAGUUGGCCACAACUGACUUGAUCUUCACAGACGAUGUUUUACUUUUUUGUAAAGGUGGUCACGGUUCUGUGGAAUUUCUUCUCCAAACUAUUACUACUUUUUCUGCUUCCACAUGUUUGAUUAUUAAUCCCCAAAAAUGCAAGGCCUACUAUGGUGGAAAGGAUGAGAGGACUAAACUUGACUUGCAAAUGCUCACCAAGUUUGAUGAAAGCAUCCUUCCCUUCCGUUACUUAGGGGUUCCCCUCUCAAGUAAGCGUCUUACUAUUGCUCAUUACCUCCCUCUAAUUGAUUGGAUUCUUAGCAAAGUGAAACACUGGACAUCUAAGCUUCUUAGCUAUGCUGGGAGAUUUCAAUUAGUUAGAAGCGUUUCGUUUGCUAUUGCUCAGUUUUGGAUGCAAUGUUUCCCGCUCCCUAAAUUUGUUAUUCACAAGAUUGUGGCCAUUUUUCGUUCUCUUGUGUGGGCUGGCAGUAUGGAAAUCAAGAAAAGGAGCCCAGUGGCUUGGGAGUCAGUUUGCAAACCGAAAUCAGACAACUUGUGGGUUAAGUGGAUUCAUAUAUAUUAUUUGAAGAAUGCUAAUAUUCUUACCACUCAGAGUAAACCAAGUUGGUCCUGGAUGAUGAAGGGUAUUAUGCAGCAAACUGAUCUUAUACCGACGAUCCAGCACACUUGGGAUACUAUGCUGCAGACUGAGGAAAUAGUGGACCAUUUGUUCUUUGAUUGCCGUGUGACCAAAGACAUUUGGGAAGCUGUGCUUUUAUGGUUAGAGCUUGAUCACAUUCCUGCAAAGUGGUUCCUUGAGAUACAGCGAGCUGUUGCCUAUACUAAAAAGAAAGGAUGGAAAUCGUCUUGGCUCAAAUUGGCUUUAACUGAAGCUGUUCAUGAGAUUUGGCUUCAUAGGAAUAGAAUUAUAUUUCAACAGGAUAGCAUAGCUAACACUAAGGAUAGAAUUCUUGAAAAAAUUGUGUAUAGAGGCUGGAUGUUUAAGAAGAUUAGGUCCCAUUUAGCGGCAUAUAUGUCCUAG